AUGUCCCACAGCUGGAGUUCUCAAAGGUCCUGGAGAGAUUGGAACUCUUGGACAGGUUCAGAUUGGGCUUGGAACCCUUCGUCACGGUCGUUUCACACUUGGGACUGGGACUCCUCGCACUGCCAAGAGCGGGCUCAUGACGUUGCGGACGCUGCCAAGGAGAGGAUUGAUCAGGAAGUUGGACUCAAAAGUCACUCACCGGAUGCAGGUGAUCAAGAACCAGAUCCCCAAGAACCACCGGAGGAGCCCUUUGGUGAAGCAGUGGCUUCGAAGGUGAGUUUUCCAAUUCACAGCUCCGACUCCACAUCACUGAAGUGGCAAGCUGGAUUUACCGAAAGGAGUUCGUCACAGCCUUUGAAAGGCAAAGAGUUCAAUGACUUGAUCCUGGAGAAGGCCAGUGCUGGCGAGAUCCUGGAGCUUUUGGACAGCAGACUAUUGGAGUUCAGUGUGGUGAACGCCGUGACAGCUCUUCAUCGUAUUGCCAAGGCAACUGAUGGGCAGCAGUGGAGAAGAGACCCAAGGAUCCUGGACCUUCUCGACAAGGGCCUAAAUGAUGUUCAAAGAUGUUCAACGUGGUUGGUUCAUGUUGGUUCAUAA